AUUACUCCUAGCUGGAAGAGUCCUCGUCCUCUUUCAGCAGAUGGAAACUACCGUCCUUUAGCUAAAGCAAGGCAGCAACAGAACAUCAGCAUGCGGCGGCAAGAAAAUCAUCGGUGGAUGUCUGAACUUUCGUAUGUGGAAGAGAAAGAACAAUGGCAAGAGCAGAUUAAUCAGCUGAAAAAACAGCUUGAAUUCAGUGCCAACAUUUGCCAGACAUUAAUGCAGGAUCAACAGACUCUUUCCUGCCUAUUGCAAACCUUGCUUACUGGUCCAUACAGUGUGAUGCCUAGUAACGUUGCUUCGCCACAAGUACAUCUUAUAAUGCAUCAGUUAAAUCAAUGCUAUACGCAACUGACCUGGCAACAAAAUAAUGUUCAAAGGUUGAAGCAAAUGUUAAAUGAUUUAAUGCAGCAGCAAGAGCAGCAACAGCAAGCAAGAACAGCCAAAAAGGAAAAAAACAGCAGGGCACCCCCACCCUCAUCACCAACUAUGUUUUGUCCCUUCAGUUUUCCUUCCCAGACAAUGAACUUAUUCAACAUGCCUGGAUUCACAAAUUUCUCAUCUUUUCCAUCAGGUAGGCAUUUCAGAACAGCAUGGGAAACCUUAAAAUUGCUAGCAGAGGAUCUCCAUGGGUUUUACUUUUUGUUCCUAGAUGAAUGCUGGAGAAGCAGUGUUUCACCAGCAAAGAGCAAAGGCUCUUCUAAUUCUUCUAAAGACAAGAUCUUUUUUACCAUUUAA